AUGUUAAAAAAUGCAGAUGAAUAUAUAUUAAUAAAAUCUAGAGAUAUUAAGCUUUUUUUUGAGACUAAUAGAGAUGUAAAUUUAAUUAGUUUACUAUACGAAAAGAAAAAAGAACAGCUACACAUGUUUGAUUUAGUAGAAUGUGCAUAUUCUUUAGAUAAUAUAGAAGCAUUGGAGUAUUUCCUAUCAAUGAAUGUACCAACAUUUUUACCAAACUAUACAAUUAAUAAUAAAAGUUUUUCAAUAUCAUCGAUUAAAUCAUUAGAAUUACUAUUAAAAUAUCGAGUAAAUAUCAUAGAACCAUAUAAUAUCAAUAUCAAUAAUAACAAUAACAAUAAUAACACAACAGCAGCUUCAGCUUCAUCAUCAUCAUUCAGUUUAAACAAUAGUAAUAGUAAUAAUUAUACAACAACAGUAUCAUUAGCAUUCAGUUUAAAAAAUAGUUAUAGUAAUAGUAAUAACAAUAUAACAAUAGUAGCACCAGAACCUACAACAUUCAUUUUAAAAAAUAGUAAUAUAAAUAAUAGUUAUAAAAUGAUCAAUAAUAAUUAA